AUGAGAAGAUUCUUUGGAAUCUUCCGCCGCAGGCGGUCUGCUAAAGCUGUGGACAAGGGAGGAAAUCAGCAGCAAAAGGAACUGGAGCAUCCGCAGCAGCAGCAUGCGCAGCAAACAGCAGACCUGCUAUGCCAAGCCGCACAACAGAACCAGGAGCAGCAGGAGCAGGAGGCGCAGCAGAUGAGUUACCAGCAGAAACAUCUGGCAGAACAGCGCUCGCCUGCAGCAGGCUGUGCCUCAUUUGAGAGCAACAGCGGCAGCAGAGACACCAACAGCAGCAGCAACUGCACGAGCUGCAGCAGCCGCAUACACGCCAGUUCCUUUGUGUGCACCCAGCCGUCACGGAAAGCCAUGGUUUCCUUUUUCUUGGAAGCAGCAGCAGCAAAGGCAGCAGCAACAGAUGUAUCAUCAGAAGCGCCGUCAGCAGAAGCCGCACCAGCAGCACCGCCAUCAGCAACUGCAGCAGCACCAUCGGCAACUGCAGCAGCAGCAGCAGCAGCAGCUACAGGGGCUGAGCUUGGGCCCUUUCGUGAAGGCUCGAAGACCGACGACGAAGCUACAGUGCAGCGGCCACUUGGCGGCCUGCCUUUUGUGUGUGGGCGCAGCAGGCCACGGGCGCUGACCCCAACAACAGCAGCUGCAGAGGCAGCAGCAGCAGCAGCAGCAGAAGCAAAGAGGAGAGAAGCUGAGGGCUGCUGGGAUGUAGAAGGCUACCCAGCUGAAGCAGCAGCAGAAGGGGCCCUCUACAGCGCCACCCUUGCUGCAGCAUCGCUAGAUGUUUUUUCCCUGCCAUUUAACCAUGCAGAAAAAUGCAUAAUUUCCUCACUCAAGCUUCCAGAACUUGGCUCUCGCGCCAUAGACUACCCGGUGCCACCUGCUUUGCUGCUUGAGGAAGCUUUGAAGCAGCAAGAAGACCCGGAUGAUGUGGCUGCUGCAGCGGCUGCGAUGCUGCAACAGCAGCCGCAGCCGCUGCCGCGGUCCCGCUUCAUGAAGUCGCCGAGACGCUGCAGCAGCGCCAACAGCAGCAGCGCCAGAAGGGCUUUAGAAGCUCUUGACGAGUCUUCUGUCUUUUGUCUCCCUCUGGCCCAUCGCCGGCGGCUGCUGUUCAACAUGCUGGCGAACUUCUGCCUGGAAGCAAACGCAGGCCUUUCUCUGUUUCAGCUGACUGCUAGCCGGGACACGCUGCCUGUCUUUUUGCGGCUGUCUGACGACCUGCAGCAACUGCUGCUGGACGCGAGGACUGGCCACAUCCUGGAGUUUCCCUUGGCCAACGCUGAGGCUGUUUACACGCUGCAGCGCCGCAGAGUCCCAAUAGACUCUGCGCGCACUGAGCAGCAGCAGCAAGUGCACGUGCAUGUGCAGCAGCAGCAACUGCCCCCGCAGCAGCAGCAGCUGCCCCCCUUGGACAUGAACAUGGUCCACGCAACCAGGAGCAGCUCGGGGGGCUACGCAGCAGAGCCCGUUGAAGGCGGGAGACGACGCGUGCUGCUGCAGCAGCAGCAGACGCAGCCGCAGCAGCAGCACGAGGAUGCGGAUGAGGGGCAAGCUGCCUCAGUGGGAUUUGGAGGCCGCAGCAGCACAGAGACCACUCGCAACUUCAUCGUGGUGGUUGAGUUCGGCUGCACGAAAUUGGCAUUUGCAUUUGAAGACAGAAUCAACGCUGAGACAUUUCAACUCGCCACUGGGCUGCUGGCUAGGCGGGCCAAAGAAAUCCAGCAGCAGUCGAGCUUUUCUGCCAUUGUUUCAUUUGCCGAAAAUCUACCCUUCACUCCCCGCGCAGCGAAGGAGUUUCUGCAUCAGCUCGCUGCGCCUUCCUCCUCCAAUAGACCUCUCAGCAGCAGGAGCAGCAGCAGCAGAAUCCAGGACAUUUGGCAGCAGCAGCCGCAGCAGCUGCAACCGAGGCACUCACAGCUUGGCUUCAUAGAAACUGAAGAAACCUCAUCUCUCUGCGGCUGCUGGGGACCCCUGAAGCCCGUGGAUACCACUCCAGGGCCCCUGCCAACUCUUCCCCUUUUUGGCAUUGGGCCCCCAUUGCCCAGCAUUGGGAGGGGCAGGGGGCCCCCAUGGUGA